AUGGGUGGCGGUCCAGCUCCAUUUUCAGAAAUCGGCAAGCGUGCCAGAGAUCUUUUGACCAAAGAUUAUAACUAUAAUCAGAAGUUCUCCCUCACAAUUCCCAGCUCUACUGGAAUGGGACUUACAGCUAUUGGUGUAAAAAAGGAUAAUAUAUUUGUUGGUGACAUAAGCAGCCAAUAUAAAAGUGGAAAUACUGCCGUGGAUGUGAAAGUUGAUACCUAUUCUAACGUCAUAACCAAAGUAACUAUAACUGAUCUGCUGCCUUCUACAAAAGCUGCAGUUAGCUUCAGUAUUCCUGACCAAAAGUCCGGCAAGCUUGUUGUGGACUAUGCUCGUGAUGGAUCAGCCAUCAACUCCAGUAUUGGACUGAAUCCAACUCCUCUUUUGGAGCUUGCUGCUGCAAUUGGCUUCAGUGAUGUAGCUUUCGGUGGUGAAAUUGGAUUUGAUACAGCAUCAUCAUCUUUCACCAAGUACAAUGCUGGAAUAAGUUUCAACAAGCCAGAUUUUUCAGCAGCAUUAAUACUGACGGACAAGGGACAAACGUUGAAAGGUUCAUACAUUCACUUAGUAAACCCAUUGAGUGGAACCAUGGUUGCUGCUGAGAUGACACACAGAUUUUCUACCUUCGAGAAUGGUUUCUGCAUUGGAAGUGUCCACAAGGUUGAUCCUGUCACCAUCGUAAAGACUAGAUUCGCCAACAAUGGAAAGGUUGCUUUAUUAGGCCAGCGGGAAUGGAGGCAUAAUUCUCUUUUAACAGUUUCGGCAGACGAAAGAGGCUUAAAUAUUCGCGAUCAUCCCCCGGAGGACCGGGAAAAUCAGGCCAUACAUGAUCUAUUAUGA